AUGCACUCUGAAAGAUACACUCCCACUGUUUCUCUUCUUGAAUCCAUAUUAGUUGCUGCCCCGCCACAGGAACGGGAUGAACUACGAGGGUUGCUGGGGGAACACUUGGUUGGCCAGGUUGAGGAAUUGGAGUUGGAAGCCAGGAUGCUGAUGGAGAUACAUGAGGAGUACAGGCAAGAGACUGACAAGUCUUUUGUCGAAGGCAUGGUGCAGGGAGGCAUCGGCUCUGGUACUUUCCACCGCUCAGCUUUGAUACAAAAAAUUCGACUAUUGUUGGACAACUUCAAAGAGGUAGCGGACGAUCACCGGUCACAAGAAUCAAUACUGGAAAACGAGCAGGAUAUCCGGAUUGUAAAUUACAUCCAUGCGGAAGAGACAUCGAGGAGACGGCGACCAAUAUCUUCGGGUGCGGGAAAGCGACCUGGAUCAACACCUGCACUCCUGGAUACAGGUCAAGUUAAGAACAUCCUCGAUGCGACUGAUGUCUUAAGUCAAUUUCGUCGUGCGCUCAUGAGCGAGAAAGACAGGCUGUUGACUGAAGUGGAAGCGCUACGGCAAGCCAUGGAUGAUGAGAGAGACCACCGAUCGAAGGCUGAAUGUGUCAGAGGUUUAAGCCCUCCAUCGAUUCAAGACUUGCGGAGUUUUUCGGACAAGUUGGAGAACAAGUGGAGAAAGCAUGAGCGGAAGGCAGACCUUGACUCCUUGUUGGAUCGAAAUCAACAUGCCAAGACAGGUCCUGUCCUUGGACCAAUCACCGCUCAGCCGCGUCCUCCGAGCAUCCCUCCCACAGCCCCACAAGCACCACGAGUCUUCCGCGUUCACCGAAUCAUGACAGAUACGGACGUAAUAGAUACAUCCAAAGCAGGUUUCAUGGUUGUAAACCGACACCAGGCUCAUGAACAGGUGACUUGAAUUCCCUCAGAUUCCUUGUUGAUCUAUCUGCUGUGCGCGCCUCUACACUGUCCUACUGUCAGCCUCGGGUCCCAAUCCUCCAUACCCA